GUGUGUGCAGAUGGGAGCGCAGCGGCUCACACUGAGAGCGGACAGCGAGCUGCAAGCAAAGCAUCCACACCUCGCAGGGACUAACAAACCAUCCGCGACAUGAGGCCAGGAUUCAGCCCUCGAGGAGGAGGAUUUGGGAACAGAGGCCGCGGUGGGUUCGGAGACCGGGGCGGCCGCGGAGGAUUCGGAGACCGAGGGGGCCGCGGAGGAUUCGGAGACCGGGGGGGCCGCGGCCGAGGAGGAUUUCGGGGAGGCAGCAGAGGCGGGUUCAGGUCCCCGGGAGGUGAAGGAGGAUUUCGGGGGGGUCGCGGGACGCCCCGUGGAGGAAGAGGGGGUCGAGGGGGCUUCAGAGGAGGAAAGAGGGUCACGGUGGAGCCCCACAGACACGAAGGAGUCUUCAUCUGCCGUGGGAAGGAAGAUGCUUUGGUCACUAAGAACAUGGUGGUGGGGGACUCUGUGUACGGAGAGAAGAGGAUCAACGUGGAGGAAGGAGAGACGAAGAUUGAGUACAGAGCGUGGAACCCGUUCCGUUCUAAACUGGCGGCCGCGAUCCUGGGAGGAGUGGAUCAGAUUCACAUCAAACCCGGGGCUCGGGUCAUGUACCUCGGAGCCGCCUCGGGAACCACGGUGUCGCACGUCUCGGACAUCGUAGGACCGGAGGGGCUGGUGUACGCAGUGGAGUUCUCUCACAGGUCUGGCAGAGACCUCCUCAACGUGGCCAAGAAGAGAACCAACAUCAUCCCCAUCAUUGAAGAUGCCCGACACCCACACAAGUACAGGAUGCUCGUGGGCAUGGUGGAUGUGAUCUUCGCGGACGUUGCUCAGCCUGACCAGACCAGGAUCGUCGCCCUCAAUGCGCACAACUUCCUGAAGAACGGAGGCCACUUUGUCAUCUCCAUUAAGGCGAACUGUAUCGACUCGACUGCAGCCCCGGAAGCAGUGUUUGCGGCUGAGGUGAAGAAGAUGACUCAGGAGAAUAUGAAGCCCCAGGAGCAGCUCACGCUGGAGCCCUACGAGAGGGACCACGCUGUGGUCGUGGGAGUCUACAGGCCACCACCCAAGCAGAAGAAAUGAAUCUCCUGGGGGGGGAA